CUUUUCAAAAUUUUGGUGCCUCAUGUGAUAUUGGUGGCUGUGUUGAUUGGCUACUUGUGCCUUGGUGCAUGGGUUCUCAUGGUUCUGGAAACAAAAACCGAACUUAUGGCUCGAUCCAGGAAGCUCGUCCGCUUAUCGAAUAUGAUGUCAAAUUUUACUGCAGAUAGUUGGCGAGUACUUAACGAAGUACAACUCGGCAUCCGCUCAGUCGAUCAAGCUGAAUGGACUAGCAUUUUCAGGGAGUUCAUGGUAUCGAUUGCGGAAACUGUUGAUGAUCGACGUCCAAUCCGGAAAGAGCUUCGAAAACCGGAUGACAUCGAUAAUAUGCAUAAUAAGUGGACUUUCCCAACUGCCUUAUUGUAUGUGCUGACUGUUCUUACCACAUGUGGCUACGGUGAAGUAUCUGUUGACACUGAUUUGGGAAAAGUGUUUGCCGUUGCUUUCGCAUUAGUUGGGAUACCUCUAAUGUUCAUAACGGCGGCUGAUAUUGGCAAGUUUUUGUCGGAGACAUUGCUUCGUUUCGUUUCAAACUGGAACCGAAUGCUGCAUAAAUUAAAGUCCUAA